AUGGCUCCGAGAAAAAAAAUUACGCCCGACCAGUUCGAAAAAGCUGUAGAAGCUAUAAAAAAUGGCGAAAAGAUUGUAGUUGCUGCGAAACAUUUCGGAGUACCUAGGAUUACACUCCAUGAUAAAAUUUCGGGAAUAACAACUAUGGGUUGCCUUAUGGGGCCGAGCACAGUUUUAACUAAAGGAGAAGAAGACAUUUUGGAAAAGUGGAUGAUAUUAGCGUUAUCUGAAAGACAUAUUCCACUGACAAAAGAUUCGCUACUAGACAGUGUGCAAAAAAUAAUAAUUGAUCAAAACAGACCAAAUUCUUUUACAAACAAUAGGCCCAGCAAGGAGUGGUUUCAGUCGUUCAUGAAGAGACAUCCAAACUUGACACAAAGAGUGCCAGACAACUUGUCAAGAGCUCCAGAUAAUGUGUCUAUAAAUAACAUCAGGACUUGGUUUACUUGUCGAAAGUUAUUUGGAUGA